AUGGAAGAAGAACAGCUCAAACAUUUGAAGGUGAUCUGGGCACUCGCCGGCGCAGUGACGUUCUGCGGCCUAGACGAGCAGUUUGAGGAUGAGUUGAAGGUUGAGUCUUUCGGGGGGAUGGUCGUCAAUCAUAAAUUCCUUUCUAUUCUAGCCGCCAUCAACAACCUCACUGGGGACGAGCGAGUAGAAUUCAACGACUUUUUACGAUCUCGCAUCUAA